AAUAGAUUAACGGUAACGCCAUCUUUUACCGUACACCCGACCCGAAAUCAGACCCGACCCGAUAUCUGCCCGAAUAUUUCAGAACCCUAGUGUGAGAAGAACCCUAAAAUUCUCGGCUUUCCCCCAAUUUGAUCGUGUGUAGAUUGGAAUUUGGGAUUUUGGAUUGUUUGAGAGGAUUGGCGAUGGGGAACACGGAGAAAUUGAUGCAACAGAUUAUGGAUCUGAAAUUCACGUCGAAGAGCCUGCAGAGGCAGGCGCGGAAGUGCGAGAAGGAGGAGAAAUCGGAGAAGUUGAAGGUGAAGAAGGCGAUCGAGAAAGGCAACAUGGACGGCGCACGGAUCUACGCUGAGAACGCCAUCCGGAAGCGGAACGAACAGAUGAAUUACCUCCGCCUCGCAUCGCGGCUCGACGCCGUCGUCGCGCGGCUCGACACGCAGGCGAAGAUGACCGCGAUCAGCAAGUCGAUGGGGAGCAUCGUCAAAUCGCUCGAAUCGACGCUGGCGACCGGAAACCUGCAGAAGAUGUCGGAGACGAUGGACAAGUUCGAGAAGCAGUUCGUCAAUAUGGAAGUUCAGGCUGAGUUCAUGGAGAGCUCGAUGGCCGGAAGCACGUCGCUCUCCACGCCUGAAGGCGAGGUCAACAGCCUUAUGCAGCAGGUCGCCGAUGACUACGGCCUCGAGGUUUCCGUCGGCCUGCCGCAACCGGCGGCGCACGCAGUUUCGGUCAAGGACACUGAGAAGGUCGAUGAGGACGAUCUCAGCCGGCGCCUUGCGGAGCUCAAGGCGCGUGGAUGAACUGAACAUAGGGUACUAUUUGAGAUUAUUGGAUGCCUUUAUCUGUUCUAUAUAUAAUGCAGGGGGGCUCUUAAUUUCUGCUAUAAUCUGGUGUUAGAUUGAUACAUGAACUUCUUGAUAUCGUGGGUAUCCAUUGUGCAUAAAUUCGACUCUGCCAUGAUGAUGACAUUGGUUCGAAUGAAUAUUUGCCGAUCGUAUCGGUUUGGAAGGUUAUAUAUGUAAUGUGGAUUGGGGCUUCAAGGUUAUAUAGUUUGCUAUUAUGAA